AAGUGCAAAAGCGAAGUCGGAUCAGUACACGCUGGACAGAAUUGGUAUAUCGAGUUUGUAUUUGCACAAAAUGUUGACACGCUCGAGCGCGCCUUUCCAUCGUGGGAAGGGUCGAGGAGCAGGCUCGUUACUUGCAGCGGGACAGCAACCACACCGGGUUGAGCAAGGGAACGGGAUCGUGUGGUUUUUGCAGCUCGCCCGACGCGCUGCCCCGACGCUCGAGUUUUUCUGCCUGCCAAAGAUGUCGGUCUUUCCGCUUCUGAUGCGUCGCAGACGAUCUGGAGCAAGCAGUGGUGACGACCCAUUCUCCGGCAACUGGACGGCUUUGCAGCUUCGUAGCACCAACUUUCUCCAAGCUGCUGCAGGCAGCAACAGCAGGAGUGGAUCUUCGAUAUCUUCGACAACAUCAAACAGUGACCUAUUGUGCCGCCUGAAAAACCCAUCUUUCUACCGUUUUCCGCAUAUUCCGGUGGUCAUUACAUCCGUGGCGACAAACUCUCUCUGUGUCCUCGCUCCGCACGAGACCAGCGUCUAUCUCAACAUCCGGACUAGCUCACACGAUUUCCUCAAUCUGGAUGACCCCGGUGCGGAGCAAACCCUCGCUUCGUGCCUCAUCGACCUUUGCGACGAACAAACAGCAGCCCAUCUUCAAGGACAACUACGGGGAAAAGAGAUUUGCCCAGUCCGUGGCACGUGCGCCAGCACACGCCUACUUGACAUGAUUGAAGCUUCGGCAGCCACCCCGGGGUUCCACCGCAAUCGACAAGCGUUGAUACAGGCGAUGAAACGGCCUGUUUUUCGUGAUCUCCGGUUCGAUCCCGAGUUUCCGGGCGGCGCUUACAACGCAACGCUGCGUGGGCACCGCGUUCUCUUCCGCGCCUCCUCGUGGUACGCACGCGGAGCCAAGUCUGAGCGCAUCUACUCGGGGCGAAUCCACUUUCAUAAGCACAAAACGGAGUUGGAUGGCACCAUCCGGCGGAUGCCGUAUGAAGAUACAGACGACGUGGAUAUUUUUCUCUUCCUCGUCGCCGACGACCCGUCAGACACGUCGAAGGUCACACGAAUUGGGCUAGUGCCGAAGAAGGCCAUGCUGGAGUCUGGUCACUUGCGCUGCCACGGGUCCGGGGGACGUGUCUUUCUGCGCGUUCGCUGCAGCGAUGGGCCACAGGAGAAGAUCAUCGGCAGAAAUUUUGGUGGUCUCGGCUCGUAUUUCGUCUCGCAGGCGGCUGAUGACGAGACAGUUUCUACUUUCGCAGAGCGAAUUCUUUGUGAGGUCUCGGCAGAUACAAGCAACUCUGCCGAGGACCGCCUGGUCGCUGCGCGAGAGCGACUCGAUGAACGAGUCGUCUACCCGCCAGAAGCAGCUACAUCGGCAGGACUCACGUCGUGAGUAUCGGAGCAAAGCAAAGAGCAAAUUGUUGAAGAUGAGCUCCCGAAAACGGACGACGCCCCUGUAGUCCUU